AAUUUAACACAACAACGAUAAGAUUGUAUACAUGUUUAAAAACAAAUAUAAAACUGAACUUUCGUACAGGUACUCUAAUGAAAGUAAAAUUAAACAUUUAUACGAGCAAAUUAUUUAGUUUACUCUCAGCAAUGUCUAGCAAACCAAUACUGUACGGAACUUUUACCAGUCCCACCGUUAUGGCGGUACUAAUUACUCUCAAAGCUUUAAAUAUUGAUUUUGAGUUUCGUGAGAUCAAGCCGCGAUUACAAGAAAAUCUCACAGCAGAUUAUUUAAGAAAAAAUCCUGCUCAUACCGUACCAACUUUAGAAACUGAAGAACAUAAGUUCAUUGGCGAUUCACAUGCCAUCAUGACAUAUUUAGUCGAUCGUUAUGUUAAAGGUGACAGCAAUUGGUAUCCCAAGGAUUUAUAUCGACGUGCAAAAGUCAAUGAACUUUUACAUUUUGAAAAUGGUGUACUUUUUAUGAUGUGUGUCAAACAAACGUAUGGACCUAUAUUCUCGGGUCUAAGAACUAAUGUACCUGAUGAGAAGUUUAAGGAGAUUGAUGAGGCUUAUGAUAUGAUGGAACGUUUCAUUGGGUAUAAUAAAUAUGUGGCUGGUCCACACAUAUCCAUUGCAGAUUUAAGUUGUAUAACUUCGAUAAGCAGCAUGUAUUUUUUGCGCCCGUUUACUGAAGAAACACAUCCAAAGCUGUUUGAUUGGCUGGGACGCAUGAAAUCGUUACCAUACGUUCAAGAGGUAUUAAUGAGCGAUGUACAAGGUUCAACAUUGAAAUUUUUAUCUAAAACUAUGUCACAUUUGUAAAUUACUUAAAUAAUAAAGGAUUACAUCUUAAUCAAGGUCUAAA